CGCCGGCGCCCCGCCCCGGGUGGCGUUCUCGGCGCGCGUGGCCGCGCCGGCCUGUCCUCGCGCUUAGGCUCGCGCGCCGCUCGGGGCGGCAGGUUCGGGGCCCAAGGGCGAUGCCUGGAGACCCGGCGGGUCGUGAGGUCUCCAGACCCGGAGGCAGCUGGUUUCAUCACCCGGGUCGCGGAGUAGGCAGGUGGUAAUGAGUCUUUAGAAGGGAGGCUGAAGCAGCAGCAGCGACGGAGAAGGCCCGCGUUUCCCUGCCUGCUGGAGGGGUCGUGGGGCGGUCCAGCGUCACAGCCGUUAGGACUGACUUGGCCAGGCGUCCGGGAGGAUGUUUUGGACCCAGUUUCUAGGACCCAACGUUCAAGGACCAGUGAGUUUCCCAGAAGGGUUCAGGUACUGCCAAGAUGAAGAGCUGUGUUUCGCGCACAGCGGCAGCGUGGGCAGUAGCAGGGUAUCGUGCGUGGGGAAGAGCACUCUCGGAGGGAACGCGGCCCACCGCCCUCGGGGCUGCUUCAUCCGGGAGGUGCCGCGGCCGGAGUCCGAGGAGGGACGGUCUUCUCUUGAGAAGAAAACCGCAGAACGGAAUGAUAGUGAUCGUUCGAUGUCUGCACGGUGCCAUUUUCAUUCAGCCAAAUUCAGUGUUCACAAGUUUUACUACGUUAAGAAAAUGUGGCCGUAACUUACGACUGUUUCCUCUUACUCGACCCAGUCUUUGUAAAAAAUGGGAGGCAGCUGUCAGAAGGAAAAACUUUAAGCCCACCAAGUACAGCAGCAUUUGCUCAGAACACUUUACUCCGGACUGCUUUAAGAGGGAGUGCAACAACAAGUUACUGAAAGAGGAUGCUGUCCCCACAAUAUUUCUUUGUACUGAACCACAUGACAAGAAGGAAGAUCUUCCAGAGCCCCAAGAACAGCUUCCCCGACCUCCUUCAACACCCCCGGUUUCCCAGGUUGAUGCUGCUAUCGGGUUACUCAUGCCUCCUCUUCAGACCCCUGAUAACCUCUCCGUUUUCUGUGACCACAACUACACUGUGGAGGACACCAUGCACCAGAGGAAGAGGAUUCACCAGCUCGAACAGCAAGUAGAGAAGCUCAGAAAGAAGCUCAAGACCGCACAGCAGCGGUGCAGAAGACAGGAGCGGCAGCUGGAGAAGCUAAAGGAGGUCGUGCACUUCCAGAAGGAGAAAGACGACGUCUCCGAGAGGGGUUAUGUGAUUCUACCAAAUGACUAUUUUGAAAUAGUUGAAGUCCCAGCAUGAAGAGUGAAAUUUGUGUUGGUGUUCAGUGGGGCAAUACCACCUACCCUCUUCUAGCCUGUAGAGGAGUUUCAUUUGAAAAAAACUACACUUGGUCACUUGUAUAAAAACAAUUCAGAAUAUUUUUUUAAAAGAAUAAAUUAGAUAUAUACUGUAAAAUUGUAAAUGUUUUGUUUGUAAUUUCAGGGUUUUUACAUUUUAACAAAAUAUUUUAAAAGUUAUAAACUAACUUCAUUGUAAGUUGGUUUCAAGAUUGGGGAUUUUUGUUUCUUAAUUUGAGUAUUUAUAGAAAUGAUAUGAAAAUAAAAAGUAAAGAGAAUGAUAACAGUGCAGUAAGGAUGAUUUAAGUUUAAAGUUUAAAAUUUUAAAUGAACACUUUAUUCAUUUAGAGAGAGAGAACUUAGUCACAUUUUAAAUCAGAAGCAUGGGACAAUAACUUCUCAGAAUAUAUAUAUAUAUAUAUAUUCUUAUUCACAUAUUCUUAUUUGUAAAGUCAGCAGAUUCAUUUAUCUUUCUUAAUCAUUUAUCAAAGAUAAAUUGGCAAGUCAAUACUUAAAAAAAAAAGAUUGGUUGUCUUUAGAGCAGAAAAUGAGUCAUUCCAUACCUAAUCAAAAUGGUUAAAAGACUUUAAAGAAUGGAUUUUUAAAAAGUGGACCCUUCUUUUCCCCCCACUGUCUGGCAUUCUAGAAUUAGAAGUGUGUCUCCACUGCAAGAUACACUCUCCAGUAAGCAAAGUAGGCAUUGUUAUCAGUGAGGUAAUGACCAAUGACCAAUGGGGGCUGAUCCACGGCUUGCCUUUUUCUCUCACUGCGCCGAGCUAAGGGACAUCCAGUCCCCAACUGUAGGUGUACCUGCAUCCAGAUCUCUGCCAGAUGUGUUGUGUGGGUAGAGUUUGACUUGUUCCAUAAGGUGAAAAUCUUGCACUUGACUAAUUGAUUUUGGUCAAGCCUUCACGUAAAAAAACGAUUUCUUCACUUUUACCACAAGUUAGAAAUUACAUCCCAUUUACCUUAAGGAGUGAUUUGCAUUCGAAAGCAUCCUGCUAGGUAAUGUUUAUUUUACUUAAUGCUGAGACUCAAAUACUGAGGUUUCUGUUCAAACUGUGAGUUGUGUUCUGACUUUGUGAGAAAGUUUACAUAUAUUUGAAAUGAAAACAGUUCUGAGUAAACAAGUACUGCUGUAGGAAUUACCUACUGAGAUUUAGAGUAACUGCUCCAACUGUAAUUAUUUCAUAUUUCAAAGUGCUGCACAGACCUUUGAAGGCUGUAUUAAAGAUACUCAGUGAUGAUGUCCAAGAGUGUCUUUUGUAGACCUGAUUUUCAGUGUAAUUCACUGCCAUGCCACUACUUUGAUUCAUGGAGAUUCGAUUUUUUAUGAACCAGUAUUUCAAAAAUAGAAAAUUAUGAUUACUUGAAAUUAUAUCGUCUGAUAACACUUAGAACUAACUCUAAGGAAUCAGGAUUUUUUUCUAGUUAUUCGUGAGUCUCAUCACUGUUUUUAGAAGCCACAAAAUCUCUAAGUAGUUGUUUUUACAUUUCAUCUCUCUUAACGAUUCCUGGAGAAUAUGUGGGUAAAUAUUUUGCAAAAUGUAUAUCUUAAAUCUAAAUUGUCAUCUACGUAAAAAAAAUCUGUGUGUGUGUGCGUCCAUGUCCUCAGAACCAAGAAUCCAACAUUGAAUUGUAAAAGAGAUCAUCAUAAUUACUUAGUGUCUUAGCAUUAUGCUUUAACCUGAAGCUACUUUUUUUUCAUGAGACAUAAAUCCCUAUUUGGAGAGAACUGAGCAAGCAGCAUGUAUACCAACUGUUUGCAUUUAAAUCAUUUAUUAUGUUUAACAUAGGGAGUUUGAGGUACAGGCGUUUAUUUCUGAAUACGAAAGGAACAUUUGUUGAAAUGUUUUAAAAAUUCAUUUUGUUAAAAUUCAUUUUGUCUAUUGUAUCGUUUAUGACAUUGCCAAGAGAAGGAGAACAUUUAGGCUAAAAUAGGUCCCCUUCAAUCAUAGUGAAACUUAGUCUGAAACAGCAGGGACAAGGUCUCAGUCUGGAACAAGUGGGGAGGAGACCCUUGUGAGUUUCACCAUAGUAUAAAAGAUGACAUUUAUUCUAAGCACCGAUAGUGACAUCCUAAAGUUUCCAUCUAUGAAUGAUAUAAUUUGGCAAUAAUAGAAGAAAUAACUGUUUCUUAAUAGAACUGCUAGGAAAACUGUAGAAUUUUAGAAUUAGAAUGGACCUGAACACUUGCUGAACCUCCAAACCCUGCAGAAUCCCUUUGUGAAAUACUCCUGACAACUGGACAUCUGUUCUCUGUAUGCCAUUUACAUUUAAGCAAUUCUGUUUAGAUUCUUUAAAAUGGGUUUCUGGAAUAGAGUAGAAUUUGUUACCAGUUUUUAAAAUACUUGUUUAUAAUGCAACUAUAAACUUUGCUUUAAACUACUGCAUAGUUAGAACUAUCAAAUUCCAAAUUAAAGAAGUUUCAAAAUUUUGUAAAAUAAUCUAAUGUUUAUUAGUUGUGUACCUGUUAUGUGUACUAAAAAUAAUUCUGUCAUUACAGUAAAGAAACAUUGGUGUCUAAAGUUAUUAGCAAAAAUUUUUGCUUGGAAAUUCAAAUA